AUGGGACCAUCAAGUUCACCAUCUCCAGCUUUUGCACAAAGAUUAAGGCGGGAGAAUGAGGAACUGAUGGCACACCUUCCCGAAAUUAUAGAUAAUAUACCAGAUGGGGUCCUAACCCAGUCACCAGAAAAUCCAGUCCUUGUGUAUGGGAAUCCAUAUUCUGCAAACCCAGCAAUUCCUGAGACAGACUUGGUCUCCAUGAGAAAAUGUCCCAUGUGCAAUGAAGUCUUCCCUAAUGACAUUGGGGAGCAGCACUAUUCGGAUCAUGUGCAGAGCCACCUUCUGGAGUGCCCGUACUGUGACAAGAGCUUUGACAAAUCCAACAAGCAAGUGUAUGACGACCAUGUCUUCUGCCAUGGCUUAAGACUAAGUUUCUACGUACUUUCAUCAGCUACAACGGAUAGUGCCUCUUUCUCUCCCUUUUACCCCUUUAUUCUUUUUUAUGUGACAGAGACUGGCACAGAAUGAUUUCUGUAGGAAGUCUGCUGCUGUUAAACUUGGCAUGCCAGGGUAAAACCUGUUGUUCGGACUGCAGCGUUGAUCAAUUCCUUCCUUUUAUUAUGCAAACCUGUUUAAAUUAUAUAUGCACUAUGCUUCUGCUGUGGAAAAGGGUACAUAUUUCCUGACUAAGUAUGUCCUUCAACUGCUUAAAACGUGUUAUAGGUUAUGUCAAAGGGAGGAGUCGUUCUCUCUCCCCACCCUGGCAUGCAUUUUAUUACAGUGAACUGUGAUUUUCUUACUAUAUGUUUGUAAUUGACAGAGAUCUCUCCAGCUUAAGAGAUUUGUUUUGUUAACAUAGUUUGGCUAGCUGUGUAACCUAUAGAAAUUCCACCUUUGAUUGCUUUGUAUUCAGUUCACAUUAAAGGGUGGGGAUAAGCAUGAAAAAACCCAUAAGCGUUGGUAGCAGCCUUGCUCGCCUUUGUGUUGUUUUUACACAAGUAAGAAGACAGGAAUGUCUGUGCCCACCUCUGUUGCAUCAGAUCUUGGAGGCAGUGCUCUUGAAAGGUAGAGUUCAGAAAAAAGGGCCAUGGAUAUUGUUUUGACUGAAGUUCUAGACAAGGGCCUAGUGUCCAGAAUAGAAGCAUGAUGCAUAACUGAAAAUUAAGCCAGUAUGUCUCAAGCCUUCAAAAAGCCGCUUCACAGAUACUACUGCCAUAGUCAAUGACUAGGAUGCUCGGGGGGGGGUGUAUUUUGAGAAACAAAAGAGGAAUGGGUGGUGGGCCAGCAUUUCAUAAUCACCACCCCACACACCCAUAAUUCCCCAAAGUGGCCAGCCAGCAAGUUCGGUAGCCACGGGAUCAAUUUCUGCAUGCAUCUUUUGUUUCUAGGUGGCCAACUGGGAAAAGAGUGGCAGUUGGCAUCCCUGAGAGGAAUCAGAUUUACAGCAGCAGGGUGGUGACUCCAGUUCCUGCCUGUUACACU